AUGCAAGCUGCUGGAUGCUGGAUGCUGGAUGCUGGAUGCUGGAUGCUGGAUGCUGGAUGCUGGAUGCUGGAUGCUGGAUGCUGGAUGCUGGAUGCUGGCGACGUUUGGGGGUGGCUGGCGAAGAAUGAAGAAGCUGGCGACCGGGGCACGAGAUUGUUUAAGUACUCCCGCGCGUCACCCAGCAAGCAGCAAGAGCAAGCUAGGCCGCGGGUGGUGAUUGCCAAUGUUCCUUAUCACCGUGUGCAUGGCCACCGGCUUUUCGGCCUGGCUGGGCGCCAGUACUUUCUGUGCGGCACGUCCAGGAGCUUUGCAGAUUAG